GCAAUCGCUAACUCACUUCUCCACCACCAAAACAGAGCACAAAACAAAAACAAAAGCAAGCAAAGCCAAAUUGAAGGAAAAAACAAGGGAAAAAAAUGCUGGGGAGCCUUCAAUCAUACUCCACUCACAAAACUAUCCAAGCACCGGGUCUCUCUACACUCUGCUUUCUUUUCUUCUCUCUCAGUUACUUUGGUCAUCUUGUGAAAGCUCAUAUCUUCAUCUAUGCUGGAUGCUCUCAGGAAAAGUACGCACCAAACUCCCCAUUCGAAGGUAACCUCAACUCUUUUCUAGCAUCAGUUGUUAGCUCGUCCUCUCAAGUCUCUUAUAAUACGUAUGCUAUUGGAAAUGAAAGUUCAACGCCGCCCGAAAGCACUCUAUACGGCUUGUACCAGUGCAGGGGUGAUUUGCAGACAGCUGACUGCUCGAGAUGCAUGGAAAGUGUUGUUAACCAGAUAGGCUUGGUUUGUCCGUACUCUUAUGGGGCUUCUUUACAACUAGAAGGCUGCUAUUUAAGAUAUGAGCAUGCUAAUUUCUUGGGGACGCCUGAUACGGGUCUCAGGUUCAAGAAAUGCAGUAAAAGUGUUAAUAACGAUGUUGAGUUCUUUAGGCGUAGAGACGAUGUUCUAGCUGACUUGCAGGCGGCUAUUGGUUUCAAAGUCAGUUCAUCAGGUUUGGUUGAAGGGUUUGCUCAGUGUUUGGGGGACUUGAGCUCGAGUGAUUGCUCUUCUUGCCUUGGGGAUGCUGUGGGGAAAUUGAAGAGUGUAUGUGGAUCAGCUGCAGCAGCUGAUGUCUUCUUAGGGCAGUGUUAUGCUCGUUACUGGGCAUCUGGCUACUAUGGUGAAUUCUCUCCAGAUUCCUCCCACGAAGAUGAUAUUGGAAAAACAGUUGCCAUAAUCGUCGGUGUAUUAGCAGGUCUAGCCGUUCUCAUUGUUCUUCUCUCAUUUUGCAGAAAAGCAAUGGAAUCAAAAUGACAGAUUAUAAGCAACCCUGCUCGAAAGUUCACAUUGGGAAAGAGAUGUGGUUUUCUUUUUUCAUGAUUUGAGAACCUAAUUAGUGUUGGUUUUUUCAUAUUACGGUGGCAACUUUGUCACCUGCUUUUUGUCAAUUUUAAAACGUUAUGUUCUUUUCUACAAAAGGAGGCAAUGUUAUCUUCUGGUAUAAAAUAGAGACCUAAUCUCCAUCAACUUUCAAUA